GCACCGCGUCGAGGAGGCGCCGCCCGCGUGGGCGGAGCUCCCGCCGGCCAAGCUGACGCUGUGCAUCGGCAACAGGGACGCGGACAGGGCCAUGUCCCUGAUCAACAGCGCCGCGCGCUGCCCGACCCUGACCGCCUACGACUUGCGGUGGCGGCGGCACAUGGGGCGCCAGCCCGGGUCCACGAGGCCCGAGCUGCCGCUGGCCCGGCCCCUCCUGAGCAACGCCGACGACACCGCGGUUCCCAUCUGGCCCGGGCUGGGCGUGGAGCUCACCGAGAGGCAGCGCAGAUCUCUGCACUGGAUGCUGUCGAAGGAGGCCGGCACCGACGACGAGCUAGUCGUCGAGCGGGGCUGCGAAGACUGCCGCUUCUCCACGCACCGCGGCAUCGACUUCCAGCUCCGGCUUUCCUUCUCGCUCUGCGGAGGCAUCCUGGCAGACGCGAUGGGCUACGGCAAGACGCUGCUUGCAAUAGCCCUCAUCGCUGCUCACUACGCGGAGCAGCUGCCAGCCAGAGCAGGCCGGGCCCCGUGCGGGGCGACCUUGGUGUUCGUGCCGGACAACCUGGUCUGCCAGUGGCUCCGCGAGUUCAAGAAGCUGCUGGGCGCUGCUGUGGACGUGCGUUUUUUCGCGGCCGAUGAGUCCUUCGUUUCCGACCCCACUGGCGCCGUCAACUCCGCCUCUGGCGAGCCCAGCCAGGCCGCCGUGGCAGAGGGCUUCGGCUUCGGCGAGGAGCGCGGCAGCGCGGUGGGCGCCGCCGAGCUGAAGGCCCGCGAGGACGUCCCAGGAGGCGCCGAGCGGCCGGGCGGCGUCAGGCCCGAGAGCUGCACGAGGGCGCACGUCUACGCAGCCGCCUGCAGCAAGGGCUGGGCGCAGAUGAUGCAAUCCCCCUGGAUGGACGCCCUGGCCCUCAUAGUGCCCUACACGCUGCUGCACAGCGUGGAGUCGUGGCUGGUACUCCAUCGGCACCACUGGCGCCGCAUCGUCGUUGACGAGCUCCACGAGGCCCGAAGGAGUAACAGCUGCAGAAGCAUAAGCGUUCCGAGGUCUGCGCGGACUUCUGGGGUCGGCGCUGUGUCCCGCUGGCGGCGCCGCCGGCGCCGCCACUGGCGCGCUCCAGGAGGGCGGGCCCAGCGCGGAUCUGAGGAAUCCGCGCGCAGCUCCUGA